CGUCCAUAUGAGUGGAUGGUGGUAGCCCUGAACCGUGCUAUGGAGGAGUCCAGUGAGCCCCAGUUGGAUGCUAAGUCCAAGGUCACCAACCAGCUCAUAGAUUUUCAGUGGAAGCUGGGUAUGGCUGUCAGCUCCGACAGUUGCAGAUCUCUUAAGUAUCCUUAUGUUGCAGUGAUGCUCAAAGUGGCAGAUCAUUCAGGCCAAGUGAAGAACAAGUCCUUUGAAAUAACAAUCCCACAGUUUCAGAAUUUCUACAGACAAUUCAAGGAAAUUGCUGCAAUUAUUGAAACUGUGUGAAAACUGAUUCUAAACCGAAAACAAUCUAAAAUCACGGACUUCACUUUUUGCAACAAACCUGCUUAAGGAUCAAACGAUAUUUAUUGAAUGAAAAUUAUAUUUUUGGUUUUCCACUUUUGAAAAUAAUAGUAAAAAAAAAUCAGGCAAACAG